AUGGACCUGCGCGUUUGCGUAUGCGGAAGUUGGUGUAUGUGUGCGGUUGCUCCUGGUUUUUUUUAUAUAAAUCUGUACAGUAGGCGAAUUUGUGGCUGCUGGUAAUCUGGUUUUAUAUUAAUUUAUUUUUCCCUCCAUUUUCGGGCGUGAGGAGAAAGUGGAGAACAGAAGGAGCACUGAAAGAGGGAGGAGGAGGGAUAAGUCAGAAUGGUGGAAGCUAAGAAGCCGGGGAACAUGGCUACGGAUGGGAUACGGGAACAAGCGCCGUGCAUGAACCACAAUGCCGACAGCGGGAUGAGCGACGAGCUGGUGAGCUCAGUGUCCCUGUGCCGCCGCAGGCCGCUGCUGCUUCACGGCACGGUGCUCCCGUUUGCCGGGUUGCUCUACCCGGCCUGGUUGUACGUGUGGGUCGGUGUGUACGGAGCCGCCGAGUAUCCGGAGGCCGGCCUGCUCGGGCUCGCCGCCAUCGGGAUCGCGCACGUUCUCACCGUGCUGUCAGGCUACUGGUCCGUGCACGCGCACUGCUGGCUGACCUGCUCCAAGGAGCCUGAUCCCAGCAAGGCGACCCUGGCUAAAGUAAUCCCCACCCCUAACAACGGCUCUGCGGAGCUCGUACCCCUGCAGAGAGACAAGGGUGAAGACGGUCGAGAGGUCCUGUCCUUCGAAUUCCAGAAGAUCCGCUACGUCUUCGACCGCGACAGGAAGCUCUUUUUGCCCGUAGCCUUCCCCGUAGUCCAGCCAAUGGGAUAUUUCCAGACAUGGCGUGGAUACCAGGAGGAACCCGAUCUCCGGGCGGCGGAGAAACGCUACGGGUCCAACCGAGCCGAGAUGGUGGUGCCAGACUUCCUGGAGCUCUUCAGAGAGAGAGCCACUGCACCGUUCUUCGUCUUCCAGGUGUUCUGCGUGGGGCUGUGGUGUUUGGACGAGUACUGGUACUACAGCGUCUUCACCCUCUUCAUGCUCGUCGCCUUUGAAGCCUCUCUGGUGCAGCAGCAGAUGAGGAACAUGUCCGAGAUCCGACGAAUGGGGAACAAACCCUACAUGAUCCAGGUUUACCGCAACAGGAAAUGGAGACCCAUCUCGAGCGAUGAACUUGUCGCUGGUGAUAUUGUUUCGAUAGGACGGUCUCCUCAGGAGAACCUGGUCCCGUGUGAUGUCCUGCUGCUUCGUGGACGCUGCAUCGUGGAUGAAGCGAUGCUCACCGGCGAGUCUGUGCCUCAGAUGAAGGAGCCGAUCGAGGAUUUGGACCCGGAGAGAAUCCUGCACCUUCAGGCAGAUUCACGGCUGCAUGUGAUCUCAGGAGGAACGAAAGUGGUCCAGCACACUCCUCCUCUCCGUGCCAGCGCAGGACUCAAACCUGUGGACAACGGCUGCGUGGCGUACGUUUUACGCACCGGAUUCUACACUUCUCAGGGUAAAUUAUUACGCACUAUCCUGUUCGGAGUGAAAAGGGUCACAGCAAACAACCUGGAGACCUUCAUCUUCAUCCUUUUCCUGCUGGUGUUCGCCAUCGCUGCAGCUGUUUAUGUGUGGGUAGAGGGGACAAAGGACUUGAGCAGGAACAAAUACAAGCUGUUCCUGGAGUGCACACUGAUCUUGACGUCUGUAGUCCCACCUGAGCUUCCCAUCGAGCUCUCGCUGGCUGUAAACACCUCCCUCAUCGCCCUGGCCAAACUCUAUGUGUUUUGCACGGAACCCUUCAGGAUUCCUUUUGCAGGAAAAGUGGAGAUCUGCUGCUUUGAUAAAACCGGAACCCUCACCAGCGACAGCCUCGUGGUCCGCGGCGUAGCCGGAUUGAGAGAAGGGAAAGAGGUGAUGCCAGUGUCGGAAAUCCCGGUCGGAACUCACAGAGUCGUCGCUACGUGUCACUCGCUGGUGACUCUCGAUGACGGUCAGCUGGUGGGAGAUCCGCUGGAGAAGGCCAUGCUGACUGCAGCCGACUGGACACUCACCAAAGACGAAAAGGUGUUUCCUCGUGCAAUAAAGACCCCGGGUUUAAAGAUUCACCAGCGCUUCCACUUCGCCAGCGCUCUGAAGAGAAUGUCUGUCCUGGCAUCGUACGAGAGACUGGGAUCUACUGAACUCUGCUACAUCUCCACUGUUAAAGGGGCUCCAGAGACACUCAGGAGCAUGUUUUCAGAGUGUCCAGUCAACUACGACGCCGUGCACAGAGAGAUGUCUCGUGAAGGAGCUCGAGUUCUAGCGCUGGGAUACAAGGAGAUGGGGCACCUGAGCCACCAGCAGGUGCGGGAGAUGAGUCGCGACGCUCUGGAGUGCGACCUGAUCUUCGCCGGCUUCAUGGUGGUCUCCUGCCCACUCAAGAACGACAGCAAGGCGGUUAUUAGGGAAAUCCAGGAAGCCUCUCAUCACGUUGUAAUGAUUACAGGGGACAACCCCCUGACCGCCUGUCACGUUGCCCGGGAGCUACACUUCAUCCAGAAGGAGCACACGCUGAUCCUACAGCCUGGAUCUACACACGGUGAAUGGGAGUGGGAGUCUAUAGACAGCAGGGUUCAUGUUCCCCUGUCUCCUCGUACCGUGCCGCAGCUGGUCUCUAGCUAUGACCUGUGCAUGACUGGAGAAGGCCUGACUCGGCUGACCUACGACCCCGAGCUACUCAACGCCCUGCUGCCUCACGUGCGAGUUUUCGCUCGCGUCAGUCCUAAACAAAAGGAGUUUGUCAUAACCAGCCUGAAGGGGUUGGGUUUCGUCACCCUCAUGUGCGGCGACGGAACCAACGACGUAGGAGCGCUGAAGCACGCCCACGUAGGCGUGGCUCUGUUAGCUAACGCACCCGAGCGGCUGCCGGAGAAGAAGAAGAGAGGACGGGAGAAGGAGCCCUCUGCCGGAGAUUUGCGGCCGAUGCCUCCGCCGUCGAGCUCAGGAGGAAAAGUGAGCUCUCGAGCAGCCAGACAGAGAGUGAUGGUCCAGCGAGAGGAGCAGCUCGCCGCUCAGAAGCAGGAAAGGAUCAGUCAGGUCCUACGCGAGCUGGAGGAGGAUCAGCUCCAAGUGGUCAAACUAGGAGAUGCCUCCAUAGCUGCACCGUUCACCUCCAAGCUUUCUUCAAUACAGUGCAUCUGUCACGUGAUCAAGCAGGGCCGCUGCACUCUGGUGACCACGCUCCAGAUGUUCAAGAUCCUGGCUCUGAACGCCCUGGUGCUGGCCUACAGCCAGUCAGUGCUCUACCUAGAAGGAGUAAAGUUCAGCGAUUUCCAGGCGACUCUUCAGGGUCUGCUGCUUGCCGGCUGCUUUCUCUUCAUCUCAAGGUCCAAGCCCCUGAAGACGUUGUCUAAAGAGCGCCCCCUGCCCAACAUCUUCAACCUGUACACGGUUCUGACGGUGCUGCUCCAGUUUGCCGUACACUUCUGCAGUCUGGUCUACCUGUACAAAGAGGCACAGAGCCGAAGCCCACCGAGAGAGGAGAGAUUUGUGGAUCUGUAUAAAGAGUUUGAGCCGAGCCUCAUCAACAGCACUGUGUACAUCAUGUCUAUGGCCAUGCAAAUGGCCACGUUCGCCAUUAACUAUAAGGGCCAUCCGUUUAUGGAGUCUCUGAGAGAAAAUCGUCCGUUGCUCUGGAGCAUCGCCUUAUCUGGACUCGCCAUCGUCACGCUGCUGACCGGCUCGUCGCCCGAGUUUAACGAGCAGUUCGCCCUCGUGGACAUUCCAACAGAGUUUAAACUGGUCAUAGCCGAGGUGCUGGUGGUGGAUUUCGUGGUGGCGUUACUCGUGGACCGAGUGCUGCAGUUCCUCCUGGGUAAAGGGACCCUCCGGUUGCCCAACUGAACAACUAAACUGAACUGUUAGCGGCCAAAGCAGCUGCCGCCCCUGAUCUCAGACUGUAAGCAGGGGGAGUGAAACUAAGUCGACCCUGCGACACUCACACUCAUGAAGAAGCGGUGAUGGACUCGCCAGGCAAUACUGGACACGCCCCAGUGUUCUCAGUCUUUUUGCUCAUUCUCUCUGUUUUAUAUUUUGGGUUGGUUUUUUUUCCCCCGUUUGCUUUCAUCUUCUUUGUUCACCCGCACCCCCUUUUCCAUCCGUUCUAACCUCUCUCCCAAUGCUGAAAGGCCAAGAUAAAAACAGUAUUGUGUGGAACAAGCGUGUGUGUGUGUGUGUGUGUGUGUGUGUGUGUGUGUGUGUGUGUGUGUGUGCGCGUGUUGGGUGCGUGUAAGCGAGUCACGCAGCUGACAGGGCCAUUCUCUAAGAGAACUGCAGAGUGUUUAAUUUUUGGGGGGGUUUUGAUUUUGUAAAAAGACCGAUGUCAAAAAUGAUAAAAAGACCAAAAAUCUCAAGCUC